ACUCGAAACUCCGGAAUUUCAACCGCCAGAGCUGUACCGGCGGCCGUACGACGCGGGUCUAGAGAGUGUGUGAAUAGGCUUGAGUAAGAAAGAGAGAGAGAGAGAGAGAGAGAGAAGGCACGACCACUGAACGAACGAGCUGACUUGGAGAGGGGAUGCUCAUGGGAAGGGAGUAACGGCAGUGGAGAGGGAGAACACGAGGUUGAGGACGAUCACUAGUUAUUUACAAUCGUAGUUGGAAGGAUAAACUACGAAUCUCGUGUCUUGCACAUGGUCUUCCACCGUUUUACCGAUUGCAAGUGAAAAUUCGAUCGUACAGAACUUUCGAUCCUUCGCUCUGGUUGAUCGUGAGCGUCGACGGUGCGGCAUUAAAUAAUUCGGUCAAUCCUUACAGUGGAGACUGCAAGCCUAUUGUUCGCGUGAACAGUGACGGAAAGAAGACAGACAUAUUCGUUAUCAGUGAACAGUGAAAAGUGAUGGAUUGUGAUAUGACCAAUAAUUCGAAAAGAAAUUCUGGUUAUUAUUACGUUGCGUGAAUUUUUUUAUUGAGGAGUUACGGAUAAUCGGAACAGUGGGGACGAGUGAUCGAAAAUCGAGUGAUUGCCAAUCCAACGAUGUAAAUCGUACGCGUAUCGUUAUUGUUUGUAUUUUUUGUUCGUUUAUUUAUCUUUUUCCGAACGUAUCGCUUUGUGAGUUUCUUAGCUAAGUUCGAGAUACAAAAUUCAUUGGUGUUGAGACAUCGCGUCGGUGAACGCGGAUUAAGGCUGAACGGUUCGGAGUCGCGUUUUACAACAGCCAUCAGAGCCAUUGUCGUCGUCGGCGUAUCGUCGAGGCGACCAUGUCGCACAUGGAGAUAUAUUCAAUAUCAAUGUCGCACCAGCUGGAGCGACCGAGGUUAAUCCUAACUUUCUCUCCUGCCAUAUAUACGAUCAUAUGAUAAAUGUAGAACACGGUGUACUCCUUUUUUUUCUUUUUCCUUUCAUUUGUUUUCUUUUGACAAUUUGAUCUUGAAAAUACUGUCCUUGUGAAUGUUUGCUCGUUGAUUGGCAUGAUUCUUGUUUCCGCGCGUCUUGAGUCAUUGUCAAUGUGCUGUACGCGAGGAAACCCAUAUCGACGUUCGUCGACGGUUGAAAGUACGAAGAUGCGAGACAUCCCGACUUGAUACGCGCUUCCAAGCCACAUUAUCGCUCAGACGCCUUGCAACAAGAAUUGUCUAGUGUUCGAACCCUUUGGAAAUCGAGAAAGUGAGACAAACGACAUCGUGAUAAUAAGACAGACUGUUAUUGAAAUUUCGCGCGCGCGCAAGCGCGUGUAAGCGCGCACGUGUGUGUACGACGCUAUUGUUUCGGUGUAAAGUGUGUGCCGGGUCGCUUUUUUAUUUUUCGUGUCACUGAUAGUACGCUGUUACCCAGAGGAAAGAAACGUGAAUAAGAGCGUGCAAUUUUCUUUCCACGGAGAAGGGUGCGUCUUAAAACAAGACGAAAGUGGAGUAGAGAAAAAAGAACAAUAUGAGUGAAAACACGAGUGUUGAACAACAACAACACCAACAACAACAGCAGCAGCAGCAGCAGCAGCAACAACAACAACAACAACAACAGCAGUACGUAGGCGGCAGUUCGAAUUCGGAGCAUCAUUGCAAGGAUUGUGGUCUAUACUUCGAAAGCGAUAAAAGUCUCGAAGUGCACCUGAGAUAUCACCAGGAGAACCUGCUCAGUCAGUGGGCGAACCAGGCUCAGCAGGAGGAGAGUAACAACAAUAAUAAUAAGGCCGGUAAUCACAUCAGUCACGUGGGCGUCAAACGCGAUAGCGUGACUGCUCCGGCGGACUCGAGCGAAUCUUCUUCGAGGCCCCCCUCGCAGGAUCCUACGUUGUCGUCUCAACAGUCAUCAACACAACAACAACAGCAGGUUCAACAGCAGCAGCCGCAGCAGCAGCCGCAGCAGCAAGUUCAACAGCAGCAGCCGCAGCAGCCAGUUCAACAGCAGCAGCCGCAGCAGCAAGUAACUCAACAACAGCAGCCAGCUGCUAGCCAGAGUUACAAUCAAUUUCAGACGUCGAUGUACGGCGAAAAUUAUUUCAUGCAGAACGAUCAGGCCUACAUGUUGUCCCAUCAUUACUCACCGCCGCGUGAAGACAACGGCGUGGGUGGUGGUGGUGGAAGUUAUUCGCGUUAUCAUCCAUAUCAACAUCAGCAACACUUUCCAUCGGAACGUGCCAAUUCAGUGAGUUCCACCAGUCCGAGAAGUCCGCCACUACAGUGUGAGAAGUGCGGUGCUGUGUACGAGGAUGCGAAUCAGCUGGGUGAACACGUAAGAACAAAUCACUCGAAUUCACCUGGAGGUUAUCCUGGACAUCAAUAUCAACAACUGGGUAAUAGUCCUCAACAGCAAAAUCAGCAGCCGCAGCAGAUGCACGCAUCACCGCCGCAAUCUAGUCAACAACAACAAUCUGGCUAUGAUUAUAAUGGUAGGCAACCGGUAAAACUGGAUAUGACUAAGGAGCCGGACGAACAGGCGGAAAUUCUCGAUUUGGAUUCGCACAAGGUGCAGACUCAUAGAUACGAGGAGGAGCUAAUAAGAAUUCAUCAGCAGCAACAGCAGGAGUUGCAGCUACAAAUGCAUCAACAGCAGGUAAUGCAACAGCAACAUCAGCAGCAGCAGAGGGCUGGUACACAUUCGGUGAGUUCUAUGUUGGGUUGGCCACCGGCCGCACAACCUCAUGAUUAUCAUCCCGGGUUAUCGCCUAUGGUUUCAAUGGAUAGUAUUUCACCACUUUCGGAUCAGAAUCAAUUCAUACGAGGGCAACACAUGCCCGUCGAAGCACCGCGACAUCCGAGUUCCCCUAUUAUUACAAGCACGCAACCGAUGCCCGGUCACCAGAUACCCGGGGGUCUGCUGCAACAACCACCUAAACCUCCGCCUUUAGCUAAUCAAUCGUGGAAAAGUAACGAGGCGCGACGGCCAAAGACCUACAACUGCACCGCGUGCAACAAGUGGUUCACCAGCUCGGGCCAUCUGAAGAGGCACUACAAUACGACGCUGCACAAGAACGCUGUUAAACAGAGUAAUCAGCCAGACCCAGCGAACUUGCCGAUCAGUGCUCAUCAUCAUCCUGGUAGAGAUAGCCAUUCUAGUGGCAGAGGCGGAGGAGCAUCUAGAUCGCCAGAGUUAUCUUCUUCCGGAAGUCCCCCAAACUUGAUGGCAGGUCCCUCGGGCGAGGCGGCGAGGGGCCUGCUCCACACGCCCACCAAUCUCUACAACAACAAUUCCAACAGCAGCAGCAGCAGCGAAUCUUCGGCGGUAACGGUGGCGGGUCUAACGCAACAAUCGCCUACAGCGGUGCACUUGGGCUCCACAAUGGUACCGGUGCACAUUUCUCCGGUGGAAUCUCCACUGGCGGCCCAUCAUCAGCAACAAAUGGGCUCGCCGUCCUCUCAACUGGGCCACCAACCGCAACAGCAACAACAGCAGCAGUUGCAUCACCUUCCAAUGGGUUCGCCGUCGGGCCAACUUCCGAUCCAUCCCAUGAAUUCGCCCAUGUCACCCAUGCACCCACCGCUACCGCCCCACCUGAGUUCCCCUUCGCCAAUGGGCUCCCACCCGCACCACCACAUGAAUUCGCCAUCUCCCAUAACGCCGGGCUCGGUCCACCCAGCAAUGGCUUCGCCCACGGCGAUGGGGGGUACUACGAUGCCUCAUCAGCCGUACCCAAACGCCUUGCCCCCCCACGUUAUAACUACUACCAACAUCCCGGGCCUGCUGGAGUCUAUCACCAUCCAGCUAACUACUACUGGUAAUGAGACGUCUUUACCGCUGUCCGACCAAUCUCAGCAACAACAGCAGCAGCAGCAGCAGCAAGAAAAUCAGCUAUCUCAGGAUGUUUUACCCGGUUUUGGGACCUUUAGCAAUCAUCAAAGGCUCCUACCAAGUUUCACGGAAUUCAACGUAACCGGGUUUAUGGCUGACCCAAAUCAACCGGAGGCCAUUAACGUGGGGGGGCUAAGUCCAGAGGAGAACGUAUCUCCUCAAAAUCGAUCAUUCGAAUCGUCUGAUUCGGGUUACUGUCUGUAUAGAAGUUCACCGCCUCGAUACGAAUCCCUUACAAACGUGGGAGUGAACACUGACGGCAUGAUCAUCAAGCGGUAUGAAGUUCAGGCGCAACCGCUUCAGCAGACUCGAGGCAAUCUCGAAGCAAACAACAAUUUACCGCGAAUGGUACAAGCGAAAGAGGAGGUAAAUCCGAAUGUCGGUAGGCAAUUAGCGAAAAAUCUGAAACUGAAAGGCAAUUUUGAAAUUAAGGAACAUCACGUAAUAACCAGCACAUUCACUGGUUCACAUUAUAUUUCUCAAGAUGGUUUCCACAAGUGUAUCGAAUGUGACAAGAUUUUCAACAAGGCUUGCUAUUUGACACAACACAAUAAAAGUUUUCACUCUGGUGACAAGCCAUACAAAUGCAAUCAGUGCGGUAAGAGAUUCACCCUCGAGUACCUGCACGCGGAGCACCUGCAGAAGCACGCAGGUGACAAGCCAUACAAGUGUGAAAUAUGCCCGAAGCAGUUUAAUCAUAAAACUGAUCUUAGGCGGCACAUGUGCCUCCAUACUGGCGAAAAGCCGUACGCCUGUGAUACUUGCGGAAAGGGAUUCAUCAGAAAGGACCACAUGAUGAAGCACCUCGAGACGCACAGAAAGAAAAACAACCAUAACGUCCAUCUAAGGACGUGAUUUGAGAGGAGUCCCAACAUCGAAGACUAGCAUCGUGGAUGAAGGAACAAUGACGGUCGUUAUCUGAUGAUCUUUGCCCCCACGGUGUGUUCGUGAUUAUCAAUCGAAGCGUGAGAUUUGUUGGUCAUCAAUCGAACAUCAUGAUGGUAAACUAUAUAAUAUAUCGAGCUGAGGUAAUCGCGACUUCUCGAAUUGAGUUUUUCUUAUUAUAUUCGAUCAGACACUGGGAGUCGAGCAGACACCCAUCUGAUCGUGAAUUAGAUUUUAAUUUAUUAUUAAUAGUUUAUUGGUUAUAGUAGUACGAUAUAAAUAUCAUAUUAUAAACUGUAGGGCAAAAUAUCUCUUCUUAAUUUAAUAUUAAAAAUUAUAUUUUUCAUUUCUAAUUCAGGUAAUCGGAAAUAAUCGGUAAUGUUAGUUUCUUUUUUUUUUUAUUUUAUCCUCAGAGUGAUCUAUCUAUCGAAAUUAUCGUAGUCCCGUGAUAAAUGAUCUCGCGAGCUAAUAUUUAGCGAAUAGCAAUUACAAUGUACAGUGGGACAUUGAUUUUUGCUCAAUAAUGUUUUUAUUUAACUUGGAAUAAAGAGCAGAGUUUAGUGUGUUCCGACGAGGAGGUUCGAUAUCGUGGUGCUCACAACGCGUAUGACGGACCCUAUAAAAUUGCUUGAGAAUUUUUGGCAUCUUGCAACGCUAAGAUUUGAAUGAAAAUUACAACAAAGCAAAGGGAAAUUUAAAUAUCAAAUGUCGCGAUGUGUGGAGUCGAUCGAUUGCUCGACUCGAUGAAUCGCGAGUUCCGUUCUUACAAAAUGCAAUCAGAUAACACGCUCUUGAAUCCACGAUUACCUCGGGAACAAUUGAAAAUUACACGAUUUCUGGUAUGAUCUGGUAUGACUUUGAAGCUUAUCGAUUGUACAAAAUAUGUUAAAUGUAUAGCCAUGUAAUUAAUGCAAUUAUCACCAUCAUUGAAAUUAAAUUUAAUUGGAUAUCAGCUGGAAAGUGAUUAACAUUUAUUAAUAAUACUCGUAUUUUAUAGUAUAUAUAGCAUACUUUAUCGAGAGAGAACGAAGGGAAAAAAGAAAAUGAUUAAUAGAUAAUUACGAAAAGACGCGGCGAUAAUAAAGCGUUAAAUCCGAAAUACCGUGAAAAUCGUUACUCCAACGAUGGAUUGUAUAUAGUUUUGUGACAACUUUGUUGUAUAUCGCUUAGUUUCCUCUUUUUUUCAUUAUUUAUCGGAGACAGUCGAGAGGUGAAAAACGAAAGUACUUCAUUACCUAUGAUUUUAUAUUUUAGAUUCACAACGAGCCUCUCGAUGCCUUCAUUUUUAAAACAUUUCAUAUUUUUGUAUAUUCCAGUAAAGUGAAUAUCCAUCGCCGGGAAUCGGUUUUCACGACAGCGACGCGUCUUUUUCUUUUCUUCUAAACGUUAAGAUUUUAAUAAUAACUUAAGUUUCGAAUUGUACGUUGCCCGGAAUGAAUCUCGCUCGUGUCGUUUUCUAGCCAGACGCAAGAUGUUUCCCCUCGCUUUUCAAACGCUUCGACGUUUUAGUAUUCUCAUUACACAUAUCGAAUGUUAAUCGAUCGUAUCCGAUAUUGUAAUUUUCGGCGAAUGUAUUUUUCAACGAAAACGAAAAAAGAAAGAAAAUCUAAUAAAUUAAAAAAAUUUAUUAGAUUUUUAUCAGAAACAACCGGAUACCUUUUACUCACGAAAUUUAAAAUAGAUCAUGAAUGACUUAGCCACGGCAUUCCUUCGAUCGAUUAUUAAAUCGUUGGGGAAUUUCGUCGAGCGUGCUGCCUCUAAUUGCGCGGCAGCCGUCGCAUACGAUCAAUUAAUGCUCGAUUAAUUGCCCGUGGAGCGCAAAACGAGCCAAUCACCGAGGAUAGCAUCGAGUUCCUCCUCUCUCGCGACACGAGCGAAUUUCCCUUCGAGCUACGCACAGCUCGUUACACGUUACACACACUCUUACGCAUAUCCAAUAUACACUUAAACACACAUGAAUACAUACACACAGAUACGCUAAAUAAACGUUGACCGUGCUAUAACAAAAUUUACACCGCGUUUACCCGUAAUUAUUUCUGUUGAUCAUCGUUGAAUCGGCGAGAUCGUCUUUAGGCGCUUAACAGUUGUUCGAACGUGACACGUAAUUUUGUUUUUGUUUUCUAUCGUUAGUUAUUGCGAAAAUUAUCUUUCUCUCGUCGUGAUCUGAAUUGUUUGUCUCUUUUUAAUUUAUUUCACAAUAAUCAGCACAUUCAAUUUUUAUUAAACGUAUUUCUUUUCGGUAUUUCAUUUUCCUGGUAUGUUUUCAUAAGAAACAAAAUUUUUUUAAUUUAAUAUGAUAUUCCAUUACCGUUUUAAGCAUUAUGACAUAAUUAUAAAUAUAUAAAUUUAAUCUCAUUCGCGUUCGUUUCGAUCACUAUGACACAUAAGUAAACACAAAUACAUAUAUAAAUACCGUCUAUACACACACAUAUGACGUCCUUUCGCAGGUUUCUUUUUUUUAGUUGUUUCAUAUUUAAUGAAAAAGAAAAAAAAAAUUGACGUCAAAUAUUAAGGUGGAAACGAGAGAAAAAGACGAUAAAUUAUAUAGCAUUCUUGCCAUUUUUACUACGUAAUAUGACACCCAGAACAGACUACCUCAGAGUUCAGGAAUUUAACGAUGAAUGAAAGGAAGAAAGAAAAGAUGAGAGCCAAUGCAAUAAUAAUAAUGUUAUUAAAGAGAUGUAGCUGACCGCGCAGCCGUGCGGGCGGAACGAUGUACUUUGUUUCUUUUCUCAUUUUUUCACUCCGCAAAUAAAUUCAAAAAAAUAGUAACCCCUUGAAUAAUUCACCUCAAUUAUUCCACGAAGUUUAAAAUUAUCCGCGAAAUUUCUAUUUAUUGCUUUGUAUUAAAUGAUAUAGUAUCCAUAGUUUCUCCACUCGUUUCUCAAAUUGAUCGAUAAAAAGUAAAAUAGAAGGUGAUAAAUUGUAGAGCACCCUCUCUUUCCUCUUUGCUUUUGUCACAAAAGUUCCUCGAGUCGCCCGCCGGCCGUAUGAGCGUGUAAUAGAACGUUAUACAUAUAGAUACUAAUAUAAACGAAAAAGAGAAACAGAGAAUAAGAGAGGAAAGAAAGAAACGAGAACGAAGGGGAUGAUUUGUAAAGAUUGAUGUACGUUUUAGAUACAUAUCAACAGUAUUACUGUAUAUUCUCUUUCACUAUAAAUAAUCGUAUAGAGUCGCAAAGAAAGAUAAGGAAGAGAAUGAAGGAGAGAAAAGGUGUAGGUGAGAUAAAUGUUUCAAUGAAAAUCGAGAUCGUGAAUAAUCGCGAGUUACGAUGCAUAUUUCUAGUAUCAUAUCAUUAUGAGAUAUUAGUACCAGAAAAGGAAAAAGAAAUGCGUUUUAUAAUAGUGAUACGAAGAAAUGAUUAAUUAAAAAGAGACGAAAUAAUGCAUAACAAAAUUUUCGGCUUUUGCGUUUUCUUUCUGAGAAAGAAAAUACGAGUUGGUAAAAAAUCAGAGUUUUGACAUUGCAUUUGAUAAAAACAUUUCAUAAAAUUCACCAUAACGAGCACUUUUCUAUGGAGUAAAUAAUAUGUGGUGAUUUCAAAAGCGACGACGAAGCGGUGAUUUAUUUCUAUCCAUUUGUUUUAGAAUGACAAUGCGUUCAAUUUGUUCUGCUAAUUAUUAUUAUUACUGUAAUAUAUUAUUAUUAUUUUAUUAUUGUAUUAUUAUUAUUAAUAUUGUAUUAUAAAAUUAUUAUAGAAAAUUCGUACUCUGUUAAUUUUUGUCUCUUUCUGCGAGCGCGUUCUUUCAGUGCGAAAGAGAGUUCGGGGCGAGAGAACUUGUUUACAAUUUUAAGAUAGUUGUUUUAGCACGAAAGUGCUAAGUUAUAUCUAAUAUAUAUCUAUAUAUACACAUACAGUACCAAACUGUAAUGGUUGUGCCAGGCAAAAGAAAAGAAGAAGAAUCGUUGUGUGCUUCCUCUCGUAUAAUUCUAAUGUUUUGGGCAUUCCACAGAGAAAUAAGAAAAAGAAAGAUGAGUUUUAUGAAAAUAAAGAAUAGAGAUAAAAUUAUAAACUAAAAUAACUCUUGAUGCGUGUGCGAAAAUGGGAAUGUAUGUGAGGAGUAGUGAUGCGGGAAAGAAAUAGGAGAACGCGUGUGCGUGCGUGAGAGGGGGUGAGAUUAGUGUGAGAGAUAGGAAAAGGAAGGGAAAGUAGAAGAAAUUCUUAUCCAUUCCUUGUUAUGUGCCAUAAUAACUGUGCGCUGAUAAAAAUUGUAAACGAUUAACACGUGAAAAAGGAGAAAAGGAGGAAUGUGUGUAUACGUUUCUUCGUAUGCGUGCGCGUGAGUAUAGAAGGUGGGAUUGCGUCUGUAUAUGUACGUACGUAUGUAUGUGUGUGAGUAGGGCACGAAGUUUAUAUUGUAUAUGUAUAUGAAUAUUUACAAUGAUAAAUGAAAGAGAGAGGAAAACCCAUGAAGAAGUAAUCGUGUAGCGAUGCAUGUCCGUUCGAGGAAUGCGAGCGAAAAAUCUGACGUGAAAGCUAAAAUACGUAGGUGUUACGCUCAGUGUCACGACAUACAGUCUCUGUUCCUCUACUUUCUUUUUUUUUUUCUCCCCACAUGUCUUUUUUCCUACUUGAAAUAAAUUAAUCAACGUCGACAUAAGAUGAACGAUUAAAUAGAAAAUUGUGGGGGAAAAGGACAUAUAAAUCCUAUAAUGAACGAAGAGAAGCGUAAAAUUAAGAAAUGUAUUAUUUUAUACGUGUUUAAUUUUGUUUUUAUAAAUAUAUUUUAUGUCAGAAUACACGCAGAAGAUUUCCUUAUUUCUAUCUGGUUCGAUCAUCUCCACUUUUGUACCUUGAUUUUAAUUUUCCGUCUCAACGCAGAUACAAGUACAAACCUUGAACGAUACGAGUGAUCAGCUCGCUCGUAAACUCUUCUCAACGUUCAUGUAUUCCGACGAUCAUAGAGUAAUCUUUACGUGUAUGGACGAUUCAAAUAUUAUUUACAGAAUGAGAGCUGACAUUCUCAUCUCGCGAACCGAUCGAACGAUCCAACUAUGCACGGACCUUUGACUCUCGGGACCGAACUCGCGCUCGCAUCGAAGUCCGUCAAAUUUUGCAUUCGCGUGGUCGCUGUACUGGAUACAAUGUUCCGCGAUUUUGUUGAUCAAUUUUAGUUAAUAUCGGAGUGCACGGGCGUGCGUGACUCCGCGAAAUAUCCUGAUCGCGGCGAACCGUUCACGCAUCAUCACCCUGUCCGCACGGUGUUUCGUUCGUGUCCACGCCCCCGUCGAGUCUCCUAAACCCCUCGUAUAAUAUUCCUCCCCCGACGCCAGCCUCUCGUCGCGCACUCGUAACCUUGGGCAUUCUGUAAUUUAGUAAAUUGUUGCGGACUCGGCGCAAGGAAACGCUCGAUUCGUGAACGCCUCUUCUGGAAACAGCUCGGGACAGCGGCGUGCAGCGUCGAUUUCACGUUGCUGGAUCACGUUGAACAGCGAUCGCUUUUACGAAAUUUCUUAAUCCCUUGCGGCGUUUCGAGGAAUCGUAAGUCGAGGAUCGUAACGGACGCGUCCGAGGAAUCUUUCAAUGCGAGUUCAAAGCAUUCAUCGAGAAUCGCACGCGUGUCUGGCAGUUUCGCGUGAUCUGACAUUCGAUGAAAUGAAAAUGUAAAAGAGGAAAGGCGAGUCGAUCGCGAAUCGAAAGUUACGCGGAAUCAACGAUCGAUGAUCGCGCGUUUAUACAACGAGCCGAUUUCAUAGGCGUGUUCCUAUUCGAUGUUCGUAGAAAGAGUAGGUGGCGGUGGUGGUGUACGAUCAUCGAUUGAAUUCGAGCGAAUUUUUAAAAGUGUUGUUCGCGAAAGUUUGUUCCGCGUAGACACGACGAGUCCCAUCAUUGUUAGGCUUAGGUAAUAUAUACCUGAUGAUGAAGCAAUAGAUUGAAUGCUAUUUAUCUACCGUUUAAAUGACGGGGAUGAGGGUGAGGAAGUUUGUCAAGAGGAACGGAAUGGAAGAAAGAAAGAGAAAGAGUAGAGGGAAUGUAUUUCGAAGAAAGGAAGGAUGAUAAAUCGAGAAUAAAAAUGAUGUUAGAUGUAAUCCACUAUAUUGUACUAUGCGUUUUUAGCUAAAAUUUUAUGUUUUCUAAUUCGUUAUGAACGAAUGUUUUUUGGUAUAAAUAUAUAAAUAAAUGAAUAUAUAUAUUUAAAUUUUAGGACAUUAAUAUAAGCUAAUUAAGAAGUUAUAUACGUAGCGGACGCGAAUCGUUGUCUCACGUUCCGCGUAUCCACGAAAUUCACUCGGUGACCUUUUGAACAUUGGCGCGCAAUCGAUCAGACAAUCGAGGUCUAUAUACGUAUUCAGAGCCCAUUUUUCAACUUCUACCGCGGUGCUUCGAUCAUCGGUGCGUAAAAGAAAUCACUCGAUGAAAAGAUUCUCUUCAAAAUAUACACUCCACCUUUAAAAAAGUUCUUUCUUUUUUUUUUUUUAAUACAGACAUCCGAAAACGUUAUCAAGCGCAUAAAAUAUAUUUUUCAACCUCGCGUUUUUUAUGAUUAGAUAGAUUACCUAUAGCAGCAGUCGAUGGUGUUUCCUUUUUCUUUUAACAAAGAGGCUAUAAGUAUCGUUAACUUAAAGAAAAUUUAGUCGUAAUUGAACAACGACAUAUGUAUAUAAUUUACGAAAGCUGUUCAAAAGUUCGAUUUGAGAUCUUUGCGCGCACGAUCAUCGAGUUCUGUGUCGAAGAAAAUCAACAAACGUAGGAAGCGAUGCGACGCUGCGAUAUACACGAUCAUAUACAUAAAUAUAAUAGCUCGUUACUUGAGAACGUCACCUAAAGCCAUCCAAUCGUUCAAAUGAAAUCAAUCCGUGCGCAUAGAAAAAUGAGAAAGAGUAAAAAGAUGAAAAAUAGACGAAACGAAGUGCUUAGCCCGAUUCUAUCGUCGGUUUAUUUAUAUAUAUAUAUAAAAGAAUAAAAAAAAUCUUGCAAUUGUCCUUCCGUAAGGAGUACACUGCCGCCACGAAUAGGAGAAAAAUAACAAUGAAGCAGAGAAAACGAUAGUAAAGAAAGGAAAUGAAGAUGAUCGACUUAUGUAGGCGCACGUAAAGAUUCGUAUACAGACGCACGAUCCUCUUCGCUCGUCUGUUUACGUGUCUAAUACGGUGUUAAUUACGUAUUCGACGAAUGCCAUAACAAGUACCUCAUACAAAACACAUGUACAAAUGUUCAUACGUUUUCAGAAUAUUAGCUAAUUAAUAAAUAAUUAAUAUCCAAAAUAA